GUGAAAAGUGCUUCUGAGGCUGUGUGAAAUGGGGAGAAAACCUGUGUUUUAUACAGUGGAUUUUGUGUGUUGAGUGUGUUAGUGACUUUUCGAGUUUUGGUGAUGCUGGUGUGUUUCGGUUGGUUUAGAUUAGCCAGAGUUAAACUUCUUUACUCACACAACCUGGCAACCCAGACAUUUUCUCAUAUGUACGGAAGGCGUAUCUAACCUCAUACUAUCAGUAAAAUCAGAAAAAAAACCAAAACUGUAUUUUGUUCAGUUGUUUUUUUUAUGCAUGUUUUUAUGUUUGUUUGUUUGUUUUUUUAGGUUAAAGUAAAUCGGAUGUCGUAUCUUACUGCUCAGGACUUCUGACUUAACUACUACUCAAGCUAGCAAGCUACAUCAUCUUCCCACAGACUUCUCUCCAGACGAACAAUUUAGUUAGUGAAUAAAACGUGGUCUUUGUUCCUGUACAGAUCCAGGUUCUGUGUCCAUAUCCAGUUAACCAUGCAAGCGUCACGCUCUGCACACGUAGCCACCGGCGUGGAGAAUAACGUUACAGCUGCUGGAGAGUCCAGUAAUGAAACCAAAACACACUUCCGAGUCUGUCGCUUCAUCAUCGAGACAGUGUUGUUGGUUGCAGGAGUGAAGUUGGGUAUGCAGUCUGUUCCUGUAGCCACUGCAUGUUCACUCUACCACAAGUUCUUCCAGACUGCCAGUUUACAGGUCUACGAGCCAUACUUGGUAGCCAUGUCCUGCAUCUAUCUUGCGGGCAAAGUUGAAGAACAGCAUCUCCGAACAAGAGACAUUAUCAACGUCUGUCACAGAUAUUUCCGCCUCGGAAGUGAUCCACUGGAGCUGGAUGAGAAAUUCUGGGAGCUGCGAGAUAGUGUAGUCCAGUGUGAACUCCUCAUUCUGAGACAGCUCAACUUUCAUGUGUCAUUCGAACAUCCUCAUAAAUACCUCCUGCACUACCUACUGUCCGUGCGGAGUUUGCUGAACCGUCAUGCUUGGUCUCGGACCCCCAUUGCUGAAACAGCUUGGGCCCUGCUCAAAGACAGUUACCAUGGACCAGUGUGUGUGCGCCAUCAGCCUCAGCACCUCGCAAUUACAGCACUCUACCUUGCUCUGCACACUUAUGGAGUCAAGGUGCCUGCUGGAGAAAGGGAGUGGUGGCAGGUUCUGUGUGAGGACAUUACCAAAGCCCAGAUUGAGGCCAUAUUGACUGAACUGUUGCAGCUCUAUGACAUGGAAGCCAAAUGCACCUGAGAGGGAACAGAGUGCGAACCAGGCCAUGUAAAGCAGACUACAUCGUAGUCUAUAGUCCUCCCCCCAAAACUGAUGUCCCCCCACCCCACCCCCCAAUCCCCUGAGACCAGAGAAAGUCUGGAUCAUGGACCAAAUUCCAGAAAUAGUUUUUAUGUUCUGCUAUUAUACAGCUGGAUUUUUUCACAGCUAAGGAAAUUGUCAAAGUGCCAAUGCCCACACUAAUGUGAGGUAGGGUAAUGAGGACUGAGAGUGUGAGUCACCAGGUGACAGUCAGAAAAACAGGCUUUAGCCACAGCACAUCAAUCAGUUUCCAAGCUCGUGCCCUACUUUCCUUUCCUCCCUUGUUCCAGUUUCUCUGGGAAGGAAAGAGGGAGUGUGAGAAAAGGGGUAAAGUGUGGAAGGAAAAAUAAGAAUUAAAGGAGAUAUCUAACCAUGGCAAACUAUCAGGGGAGCUUGUCUUUACUGAAGGUAAAGCAGCCAAAAAUUUGGGGCACCGCUUUGAUAUGCUAUAAUUUAAUUACACACUUUCUCUCCCAUUAAAAUUUAUCUCUAUGGUUCCCUGAAGUUAUAUUACAGUAUAUUAUGUAAUACUGUAAAUUGUGAUUGAGUAAGACGGUCUGAGUUUUGUGCACCCCACUAUUAAGGUAUUUUUAAAACAAAAUGAUAUAAAAGUGGGGGAAAAAAUCCAUUACUUUUUUAGUUUUUUUAGUUACUUUAGUGCAUGUCUUUUGUUUCAUGACUCUCAUAUACUAUUAGCGUCACAUUGGACCAUACCACUCGAGAGCUUUUACUGUGUUGUCACUUUCUCCCACAUCAAAGGAAAAAUAAAUGAAUUCAAGUUGGGUAAAUUUGAAUAAAAUUGAAUUAAAUCAGAACAUUUUAAUGUGUAUUAUCGUUCAUAAAACUAUUGAAGCAUAAUGGAGGAAAUUAAAGCCUUAUCCUCUUAAUAAUUUUUGCACUACUCAAACAGAUUUUGCAUGUAAGUGGCUAAUAAAGGUAUUAUAUUUGGCCUGAAAUAACCCUUUUAAAUGAAUGCAAAUCUGACUUUUAUUUUAUCAAAUCACUUUUGGUAGUACAUAGACACAAAUAUUCCCCAUCUCUCUGCAGGCAGGCCCUAAUGCUAGGCGUUAUGAAUUAUGAAGAGGGUACAUGUGCAGCCGGAAUCUCUCCCCCAUAAAUAAAACAUCAGCUUGGCUCUUGCUAUGGCAUAUAAUGCUUGGAAUAGGAAGGAUUGAUUGAGACUAUAUCCCUAGCCUGUUUCCUGUUCUUCUGCAUGCCUGUCUUUAUUUCUGUAUUUUCUGGCGUAUAAUUACUGUCCUCUAUUUUUGUCCAUAUUGUAUGCAGCCAAACGCAACCAUUUUCCCCCCUUGUAACUGUAUCUGGUCCAUGCUUCCUUUUGCCUCCUGGGGUGUUUUUCUCUUGAACUCUUUUUUGCUUUUUAUUUAUUUAUUUAUUUUUCUCCUACUGUGGGCGCGCUUGCUCUGACUCUCUCUGCCUUUCAGUCCAUACAGUCUAAAUCCUUCAACCACUUUUCCUCUCUUCUCUCUUAUUUAUCUCUUUCUCUCUAAUAAUUAUAUAUAAAUUCACUCUGAGCAUAUUGAAAAGGAUAACAAACACUUGCAACCCUCUAUUCUAUUCGAUCUAUAAGAAGUGUCCACUUCUACAGAGCAUGGUUACUGGAAAAUGUAUGCUAAACUGAGAAAAGAGAUGCAUUGUGAAUACAGAACUAAGGUCAAAGCAUUGUUCUUCAGGAACAAUGGAUCAUUCACUCUUCAAAUACAUUGCCAGUCUGUCACCAUGAAAGGUGUAUCAUGCACGAUGAUGGGAAGCAGGGAAUUGAUAUGUAGUGUGUGCCAGUGAGGCACAGAUUGUCUGCUCAGGCUUCAGUGGAGGCCUUCUAAAGCCUGCACUGCCUGCUGAGCUAAUGCACAGCUGCUCCCUGAGGAAGUGGCAUCUCCCUUCCAAGCCCACAACUCUGAAUUAUAAAUACCCGACUCAGCAGAAACUUUGCUCCACGACACAGGCCACAGCUCACAAAUGUGUCUGAAGCAGGGUUGUGGUGGAAGAUGGCUUCUGUGUAUGUGUGUGCAGAGCAGGGGGGUACCUAUGACUGAGGUGUAGGCUGCCACUACGGGGUGGCACACUGGUAAAUGCAGUGGUCUGUAUGAGUAGAACAGUUAUAGUUAACUUUGUGCUUAGCCUGGCAGUUGCAAUAGUCAAAGUUAUAGAAAAGAUCAAAUUUACUCUAAAAGGGUGACCUCAGACCUUGUUCUUUUCGUGUGUUUGUGUUUAUACUAUGAUACAUUUAAGAACCUUUGCACAAUUGCUUUAUCAGUGUGUUUUUGUAUUUGCACAUUUGUAUACAAUUCCUUCAGGACAUUCUUAAGCAGAUAAAAGCUUCUCCUUGGCCCAAAUGCCGUCCUGCAUUAGACCUAUCAAAUUUGAACCCUGUGGGUGUAUGAAUUUACAUAUUUUUUAAUUGCUUAGGGACAGCUAUUCUCAUGGCAGAAAAGCCUGAGCCAGAGGGCAGAUAUGCAUGUUCUGGUGUGAGCCUGUUCAAAUACUACAGAAAAACUACUUUUUACUAGACAUUACAGAAACAUAGAUGAUGUUUUCAAGUAGAUUUUCUUUUAAGUAGGCUGUGUAGUUAAGUACACCCAGUUUCCCGGGGAAUUCCGGCAUAAAACUGUAAUUUAAUUUGAUUCAUGUCAUGUCAUGUUAUGUAGUGCAGUAUUGUUGGAUCUAUAUCACUAAAGCCCAGAACCUGUAGAUAGAUGGUUUUGUACUUUUGCAUGGUUUAUAAACUACUUUUUUACUUUUCUCAAGUAUAAAGUCUUUGUCAAGCUUUUGCAUUUUUUUCUCCAACAAAUAUCUCCAGACACCCC